GAAAACCCUGUACUUACACUCACUCAUUCGCUCGCUUUCUCUGCGCUCUUCUUAAUGGCGACGAUACAGAAGAAUUAGGGUUUUUUAAGUAAGGAAGAGAAUAUUAGGAAUUCUAUUAGAUUGCUCAAAAGAUGUAUUCGUUAACGGUGAAACCCUCCUUUCUACCUCAAGCUGCUUCUUCUUCUUCUUUUUCUUCUUCUCCUUCGUUUUCUGCUUCAUAUUUCUCGCCUCGUUCCUGCUCUUCAAUUUGCUUCCCGAUAGGGACUAAGUACAGAGGAUGCAGGAGACUCGCUUUGAGGAUUCACGCUUAUGAUUCUUCCAAGAACGACACUUCCAAUGCCUCCAGCGACUCCAAGCCCCCCAAUGGCUCUUUGCCAAAAACCCGGAGAGACAUCCUAUUGGAGUAUGUUAAAAAUGUGCAGCCUGAAUUUAUGGAGUUGUUUGUAAAGAGAGCACCCCAGCAGGUAGUUGAUGCAAUGCGCCAAACAGUGACAAAUAUGAUUGGAACACUUCCACCACAAUUUUUUACAGUUACAGUCACCACUGUUGCUGAAAACCUUGCUCAACUAAUGUACAGUGUCAUGAUGACUGGGUAUAUGUUUAAAAAUGCACAAUACCGAUUAGAACUGCAACAAAGCUUGGAGCAGGUUGCUCUUCCCGAAGUUCAAGACAAAAAGGAUGUGCCAGAUUAUGCCCCUGGUACACAGAAGAAUUUGUCAGGUGAAGUUAUUAGGUGGAAUAAUGUCUCUGGUCCUGAGAGAAUUGAUGCUAUAAAGUACAUAGAAUUGCUUGAAGCUGAGAUUGAGGAACUGAAUCGUCAAGUUGGUAGAAAGUCGGCAAAUGGGCAGAAUGAAUUGUUGGAAUAUCUCAAAUCUCUUGAGCCCCAAAAUCUGAAGGAUUUGACAAGUAGUGCUGGAGAGGAUGUUGUCCUCGCAAUGAAUACAUUCAUAAAGCGCCUUAUGGCUGUUUCGGAUCCCAACCAAAUGAAGACAAGUGUGACGGAGACUAGUGCGCCGGAACUUGCCAAGCUUAUUUAUUGGCUAAUGGUGGUUGGGUACAGCAUUCGGAACAUCGAAGUCCGUUUUGAUAUGGAACGAGUGCUUGGGACUCCCCCAAAGCUUGCGGAACUACCUCCUGGAGAAAAUGUUUAAAGCACCACCCAUCGAAUUGCAAAGAACGUUAGUUAUGGUGAUGUCGGAACGGUGUUCUUUUCACUGGAACUACUAUUAUUUGAAAACGAUGCUGAAAUCUCAAUCCGUGGAUGAUCCACUAAUUGGUUAGGAAGGCAAAAAUAUUCACUUGCCACAGGAGUAGUUGAAAAUUAUUGAUGACAUAAAUUGUCGAAGCUAAGAUAUAUUUUUAGACA